AUGGGAGAUGAAGAAAAGCGCAGUUCGAAGCGGUCGAGGUUCGAUCAGACCGAGCCUGAUCCAAGGAAGACCUCAAGAUUCGACAGGAGAUCACGCUCCCCACCCUCAAGGCUCCCUGAUCGUACUCGGAGUAGAAGUCCAAUCUCGGCAAAAUCACCUUUGAGUCCAGGUGCAGGUGGUAGACCGGAUGCUGCAUCCGCUGCAGCGGCCGCAGCUGCACGCAUCAAUGCUCAAAUACAAGCAAAGAAAGGAAUACAGCAUGUUGAGACUGAAAGUCCUGGACCGAAAUCUGCGGCCUCGCCUGCCCCGUCGUCAUCCACUGCAGGCAAGCUAGACAGUGAUAUGUAUAUCAAUGAUGGUGACUACAUCAAAGACAUUGAAGUCAAUGAUCUUCGAAACCGCUACACUUUGACCAAAGGGUCAACUCAAAAGACGACUCCUGUCUACACUGCAAUAUGUCUGAUAGAUACCAAUGGUGCACAGAACCCUCCCCUUUACCUUCACAUUACCAGUACCUCCAAAGAAGGCCUCGAACAAGCUAUUACGAAAAUCAAUGAAUUGAUGAAGCAAGAGCUCCCCAAUCUGGUAGACGAACGGCGCUUUCGACGACGCGAACCCGACCAAGUCGAACGAGACGAGUUUGGAAGGCGCAAGUGGCCUGAAGAAAAGAUACCCAUCGACCUUGAACCAUUGCCAGGCUUCAACCUGAGAGCUCAAGUCGUUGGACACGGCGGUGCUUAUGUGAAGCACAUCCAAGGAGAGACUCGUUGCCGCGUUCAAAUCAAAGGGAGAGGCUCUGGAUUCACAGAGCAUGGCACCAAUCGUGAGAGUGAUGAGUCCAUGUACCUACAUGUCGCCGGCCCAGAUCCCAGUGAGGUUCAAAGGGCCAAAGAUCUUUGCCUGGAUCUUCUCAACAAUGUGCGAGAGCAGUACAAUCACUUUAAGGAGAAUCCACCUCAGCGUGCCGGCUUUGGUUAUGGGCAAAAUCAGCAACCUCAGAACCCUUAUGGUGGCUACGGUCAGCAGCAGUCCUCGGGCUAUGGGAGCUACGGAGGCGCCCAGUCUCCUACUCAAGCAGCACCACCUGGCACAUCUGGUCCGCCCGGUGCUAGUAGCCCCGGUGCAUCCGGAGCAGACUAUGCAGCGCAGUAUGCACAGUAUUACGGAGGCCAAGAUCCAUACGCAGCUUAUGGUGGCUAUCAAAACUAUGUAGCUCAAUACUAUCAAUACUAUCAGCAACAACAGGCACAGCAAGGACAGGAUCAGAGCGCGCCACCGCCUCCGGGAGAGGAUGCUCCUCCGCCACCUCCACCAAGCGGAUCACCUCCCAAUGGAGGCUAUAGUUCAGUACCACCACCUCCUGGAAUUGUCAUUGAUUGUGAAGUCUUCUCUAUAAAGACUACCUCCUUAGGCUUCCUCGAAAGCCAGGUGCAACGGAAGCUGGAUGACUUUGGAGGAAGCGAAACGCAGGUCCGUAGGAAUUAUCUCUAG